AGACGGUGCGUAAAAGGUGUUGGUGUGCGUCAUGUGCUUCUUGUUCCCGUUUUAACACAAAUGCCCCAUCCCGUCUUCCCUUUUUCUGCCACAGCAGCACGUUGCCCUGCACGGCCGGUACCCGCCUCUGCUCCUUUAAGGCAAUGAGGAAUAAAGGCGCGCGCAGGGGCAGGGAAGAGGGCUACUCCGCGCACUGCUCAGAGCGUGUCUUCAGCGAUUAGAAAGCGGCGGCGGAGGGAAGAUGCGCUUGCUCGCCUCUUGCUGGACGCACGGAGGCAGCGACGAAGAUGAUCUGACUGUGGAGUUCCAAAAACAAAAGCUGUUUUCCAUUCCUAUCCGCGCGCCUUAUCAGUUUCCUUUGCUUCUUUGCCAUUUAAGUUUUCUUUUUUAAUUAAGGAUGUUCCACCUGCGAGUCUUGCCUUUUUCAAAUCGGGGCUGGUGACACUCAGAAAGCUUUAGUUAGGCACAUUUUUUCUUCCUGGAGCCGCUCGCAUCGCCAGCUCUGACUCAGCAGCACCGCACACACCUGGGCUUCACCCCUUCCCUUCAGCAUCCCCUCUGAAUAGCGGGGACAAGCAAGACGCGCAGUGGAGGAGACUCAAUACGUUUUUUCCCCAAGACAAUCCAAGGAUCGUUUAUGCUACGAGCGCGCUAAGAGGAAAGAGCGCCGUAAAAAGUAGUGAGGAGAUAUUCAAAGUAGAGACUUUGGGACCGGUUUGCUUGAAGACUGUGGCAAAUGUUUAACCUUAGCCCAAGCGCCCAUACGAGAAACCCAGGGAGGCAGCGGUCGGAGGAAGACGAGAAAGCAUAGCUUGGGGGGGAUUGAACGGAGCAGGGCAUGUGGAUAUUGGCUUUUAUCUUUUUCCAGAGCAUCUUGAAUGUUUUCAGUGAGGAUCUCCAUUCCAGCUUAUACUUUGUCAAUGCAUCUGUGCAAGAGGUAGUAUUUGCCAGCACAACAGGGACGUCGGUGCCCUGUCCGGCCAGUGGGGCGCCCCCUGCCUCGCUGCGCUGGUACUUGGCCACCGGAGAGGAGAUCUACGAUGUGCCGGGCAUCAGACACGUUCACCCCAACGGAACCCUGCAGAUCUUCAACUUCCUGCCAUCCAGCUUCAGCAAACUGAUCCAUGACAACACGUACUAUUGCACCGCCGAGAACCCCAGCGGCAAGAUCCGGAGCCAGGAUGUCCACAUCAAAGCUGUUUCACGAGAGCCCUACACAGUCCGAGUGGCCGACCAGAAGGCUAUGAGAGGCAGUGUUGCUGUCUUCAAGUGCAUUAUCCCAUCUUCUGUGGAGGCCUAUGUCGCUGUUGUGUCAUGGGAAAAAGACACCGUCUCACUCAGCUCAGGUCAAAGAUAUCUGAUCACAUCCACUGGAGCCUUGUACAUUGUGGAUGUCCUGCCUGAGGAUGGGCUGAACAACUACCGCUGCACCACGAGGCACCGCUACACCGGAGAGACACGGCAGAGCAACAGUGCCAGGCUCAUAGUGUCAGACCCCACCAAUGCUGAGCCAAGCAUCCUGGAUGGCUUUGACCACAGGGAGGUGAUGAUAAAUCACAGAGUGGAGCUGCCCUGUAAGGCCUCGGGCUUCCCCACACCCAAGUACCGCUGGCUCAAAGACAACAGCCCCCUGGAGCCCGACAUGCGCUUUAGGCAGACCGUCUCCGGCCUCCUCAUCGAGAACACACAGCCCAGCGAUGCAGGGACGUAUGUGUGCGAGGUGUGGAACAGCUAUGGCAACGCAGAGGUGGUGGGCCGGCUCUAUGUCAAACAGCCACUGAAGGUGGUGGUGAGUCCUCGGAAGGUGAAGGGCAGCGUGGGGGGUAAGGUGUCUCUGUCCUGCAGUGUGAGCGGCUCAGAGGAGUACGAGCUUUCCUGGUACCGGAACGGAGAGAUCAUCUAUCCCAGCAACAAUGUGCGCUUCACCGGCCUCAACCGGGAGAACCUCAUCAUGGAGGGCAUGUCCAAGAGUGAUGGAGGGGCUUACCAAUGCUUCGCCAGGAAGGCCAAGAUGUCCGCCCAGGAUUUUGUGCAAGUCAUCCUAGAGGAUGGCACCCCCAAAAUCCUGGCUUCGUUCAGCGAGAAGGUGGUGAACCCUAACGAGCCGGUUUUCCUCAUGUGUAAGGUGAAGGGCACGCCCCCGCCCCGCUGCAGCUGGAGCCUGGACGACGACCCAGUCAUCAAGGACAGCCACCAUCACCUGGGCCACUACGAGACCCACGAGGGCCACGUGCUCAGCCAGCUUAACGUGUCCCACACUCAGGUGACUGACGGGGGCGUGUACCGCUGCACCUGCGCCAACUCCGCCGGGGCCGCCUUCCACCAGGCUCGAAUAAACGUAAGAGGCCGUGCAAGUAUCCGACCAUUGAAAAACAUUACAGCCAUUGCAGGGAAAGACGCCUUCAUCCACUGUCGCGUCAUUGGUUACCCGUACUACUCCAUAAAGUGGUACAAGAACUCAGCUCUCCUCCCCUUUAACCAUCGGCAGAGAGCUUUUGAGAACAACGGGACGCUAAAGCUAACUAACGUGCAGCAAGUCGACGCCGGCGAAUACAACUGUAAGGUGAUGGUGCAGCCGAACAGGAUGGACUCUCAGAGCGUGCAUCUGAGAGUGAGAGUGCCUCCAUACAUCCAGCCCUUUGAGUUCCAGCGCUUCACCAUUGGCCAGCGUGUCUUCAUCCCCUGUGUGGUCAUGUCAGGCGACCGACCACUAGACAUCACAUGGCAGAAAGAUGGCCGCCCCAUACCGGUCAGUUUGGGUGUAACCGUGGACAACAUUGACUUCACCAGCUCGCUCCGGAUCAACAACCUGACCCCCGACCACAACGGGAACUACACCUGCAUCGCACGCAACGAGGCUGCUGUCGUAGAGCACCAGAGUCAGCUUAUAGUCAGAGUUCCUCCUCAGUUUGUGGUCCAGCCUGAAGAUCAAGAUGGCAUCUAUGGGAAAACAGUGACACUCAACUGUUCUGCAGAGGGCUACCCACCGCCCACCAUCGUCUGGGAGCACUCCAAAGGUGCAGGAGUGCCCCAGUUCCAGCCCAUCCCCCUGAACUCUGGCUCCAGGAUCCAGCUGCUGAGUAACGGCUCCCUGCUGAUCAAACACGUGCUGGAGGACGACAGCGGCUUCUACCUAUGUAAAGUCAGCAACGAUGUGGGAGCUGACGUCAGCAAGUCCAUGUACCUCACUGUCAAGAUCCCUGCCAUGAUCACGUCAUACCCCAACACCACUCUGGCCACUCAGGGCGAGGAGAAGAGGAUGAGCUGCAUCGCCCAUGGGGAGAAGCCCAUCAUGGUGCGCUGGGAGAAAGAAGAGCGCAUCAUCAACCCUGAGACCAGCCGCUACGUGGUCACCGUCAAGGAGGUGGCCGACGAGGUCGUCUCUACUCUAGUGAUCAUGCCGACUGUUCGUGAGGACUCAGGCUUCUUCUCCUGUCAUGCCAUCAACUCCUUUGGUGAAGACAGAGGCAUCAUUCAGCUGACAGUGCAAGAGCCACCAGACCCUCCAGAAGUGGAAAUCCGAGAGGUCAAAGAUCGCACCAUUGCUCUGCGCUGGACUAUGGGCUUUGAUGGCAACAGCCCCAUCACAGGAUAUGACAUUGAGUGCAAAAACAAAUCAGCCUCGUGGCUGUCAGCCCAGGUAACCAAAGACGUGUCACCACAGCUCAACCAAGCCACCAUCAUCGACCUGCACCCCUCCUCCACCUACAACAUCCGCAUGGUCGCCAAGAACAUCAUCGGCAACAGCAACCCUAGCAACGAGCUCACCAUCACCACGGACGAAGCAGCUCCUGAUGGUCCACCACAAGAUGUGACACUGGAGCCCACCUCACCACAGACCAUCAAGGUUUCCUGGAAGCCUCCACACAAACACCUCCAGAACGGGGUGAUCCGGGGCUACCAGGUGGGCUACAGAGAGUACAGUCCUGGAGGCAGUCACCAGUUCAUCAUCCUGAGUGUGGACAGUACAGGGGACACCACCGAGAGCAUCAUCCUGGACAACCUCAAGAAGUUCACCCAGUACAGUGUGGUGGUGCAAGCUGCCAACAGAGCAGGGACCGGCCCCUCAUCACAGCAGGUGGUCACCAAGACACUAGAGGAUGUCCCAUCCCGUCCCCCAGAGAAUGUCCUGGCUGUGGCUAAGUCCCCAGAGGUUAUCUCCCUGUCCUGGAUGCCUCUGCCCCGAGAGGCUUUGAACGGAAACCUGCAGGGCUACAGGGUCAUUUACUGGGCCAACCUGCCUGAUGGAGAACUGGGUGACAUCCGUAAUGUGACCACUAGCAUGCCAUCUCUGGAGCUGGAUGGUCUGGAGAAGUACACCAACUACAGCAUCCAGGUGUUGGCCUUCACUAACGCGGGUGACGGGGUGCGCAGCGAGCAGAUCUACGUGCGCACUAAAGAGGAUGUGCCCGGACCUCCCGCGGGGGUGAAAGCAGCGGCAUCCAGUAGUUCUGUAGUCUUCGUGUCCUGGCUGCCUCCGCUCAAACUCAACGGAAUCAUCAGGAAGUACAUUGUGUUCUGCUCCAACCUGCACCCCAUGGUGAUGAGUGAGUUCGAGGCAUCUCCAGAUGCGUUCUUCUACAGGAUUCCAAACCUAGCCCGGAACAGACAAUACAACAUUUGGGUGGUGGCUGUGACUGCAGCUGGACAUGGCAACAACAGCGAGAAGAUAACAGUGGAGCCUCUGGCCAAAGCUCCAGCCCGGAUCCUUACCUUCAACGGCACAGUGACCACCCCCUGGAUGAAAGACAUUGUACUGCCAUGUAAAGCCGUGGGCGACCCCCCUCCCACCAUCAAGUGGCUCAAGUUAAACACCAAUGGGACCCCCACACCUGUCCUGGUGGAUGGUCGGCGCAGUGUCCAUGGCAACGGCAGCUUCACCAUCCGGACUGUGAAAGCUGAGGAUUCUGGGAACUACAGCUGUGUGGCGAGCAACAACUGGGGCUCAGAUGAGAUCACGCUCAACCUGCAAGUUCAAGUCCCUCCUGACCAGCCACGCCUUACUGUUACCAAGACAACCACUACAUCCAUCACGCUGUCUUGGAUACCAGGGGACAACGGAGGCAGCUCCAUCAGAGGUUACAUUCUGCAGUACUCAGAGGACAACAGUGAGCAGUGGGGCAGUUUUCCCAUCAGUCCUAGCGAGCGCUCCUACCGUCUGGAGAACCUCAAGUGUGGCACCUGGUACAAAUUUACCCUGACAGCUCAGAAUGCAGUGGGACCGGGGCGCAUCAGCGAGAUCAUCGAAGCAAAGACUCAUGGGAAAGAACCCCAGUUCGCCAAAGAGCACGAGCUGUUCACCAGCAUCAACGCGAGCAGGGCGCGGCUAAACCUGGCUGGGUGGAACAAUGGCGGCUGCCCCAUCACCUCUUUUAUCCUGGAGUACAGAGCAGUGGACUCAACUGCCUGGACCACAGCCCAGCGCACUUCCCUCACCAAGAGCUAUAUUCUCUACGACCUGCAGGAGGCCACGUGGUACGAGCUGCAGAUGAAGGUCACCAACAGCGCCGGUUCUGCGGAGAAGAGGGUCACGUUUGCCACGCUCAAUGCAGACGGAAGUACCAUCCCGCCAUUGCUGAAGACUGGAGACCCUAUCUCAGACAACAUGUCGGGCAGUGGGGGUCUGAAGAUGGUGGUGACUAUCACAUCCAUCCUGGUGGUGGCCGUACUGGUCUUCAUCAUGCUCAUGGUGCUGAAGAGGAGGAGGAGGGAGCAGAGGCUCAAGAGGCUCAGAGAUGCCAAGAGCCUGGCAGAAAUGCUGAUGAGUAAAAACACCAGGACGCCCGACACGGUGAACAAGCAGCCACAGCCGCUCCGAAUGCACAUCGACAUCCCCCGAGCUCAGCUGCUCAUCGAGGAGAGAGACACCAUGGAGACAAUUGAUGACAGGUCUACGGUGCUGUUGACAGACAAUGACUUUGGGGAGACGAACAAGCAGAAGUCAUCCACAGUGACCCACACAGUGCACUACCAGUCCCUGUCCCAGGCCACCGGACCCCUGGUGGACGUGUCCGAUGCCAGGCCUGGAACCAGUGAGUCCCUCCACCACCCCACUGCCAGACGCACUGCCAAAGCUGGUCCUGCCGCCGCCCGAAGCCGCUAUGCCAGCCAGUGGACCCUGAACCGGCCCCACCCCACCAGCUCCUCUCACACCCUCACCACAGACUGGAGACUGCCCACACCCAGGGCCACCGGCUCUGUGGACAAGGAGAGCGACAGCUACAGCGUCAGCCCCUCACAAGAUACAGACCGAGCGCGGAGCAGUAUGGUGUCCACAGAGAGCGCCUCCUCCACAUACGAGGAGCUGGCCCGGGCCUAUGAACACGCCAAGAUGGAGGAACAGCUGCGCCACGCCAAGUUCACCAUCACUGAAUGCUUCAUCUCGGACACGUCGUCAGAGCAGAUGACCGCGGGGACCAAUGAGUACACGGACAGCAUGACGUCCAGCACGCCCUCCGAGUCGGGCAUCUGUCGCUUCACCGCCUCCCCGCCCAAACCUCAGGAUGUCAGCCGCGUCAUGAACAUGGCCGUGCCCAAAGCCCACAGACCUGCAGGUGAGCUGGUGCACCUCCCGCCUUACCUUCGCAUGGACUUCCUGUUGAACCGAGGCGUGCCAUUGGCCGCUCGAGGAGGGGCGGUCAGCAGCAGCAGUGGCAGCAGCAUCGGAGGAGGAGCAGGAGGAGCGGGAGCCAGCGGAGGUGCCGGUGCUACAGGGGAGAGCAGAGCCGUGGUGCCUGUGGGAGCGGCAGGAGCCAUGGGCCAGGCCUGUCUGGAGCCCCAGAGGAGCCGUACACUGAAGAGGCCCCCGCCCAUGGAGCCCACCAUGGAGGUGCCCUCCGCCAGAGAGCUGCAGCAGUGGCAGCCCGGAAGUGCCUCCACCCUACCCCACCGAGGGGAGCGAGGAGAGGCCCGGGGAGAGGUCCGGCCAGAGGGACCCCAGUCAGGAGACCUGGCCCAAGCACAGGCUGCCAAACUCAGCACCUCCCAGGAGUCUCUCCUGGACUCCAGAGGACACCUGAAACAGAGCAACAACCCCUACGCCAAGUCCUACACCCUGGUAUAACACUGGUAUAAGUCUGGCCCAGCCCUGGACUCAGCCAGCCCCUCCCCCUGAACUCUGUACAUACAGCUCUGACAUGCGUCUCACGUGGAUGCUUCACUCUUUCUUUCUCUCUUUUCUUCCUUUCUGUCGCUUUUCUCUACGGUGGCCCAGAGGGUUCACUAUGUUGAUAAUACAGAAAGUACAUGCACAAUGAUAAAGCUGCAGUUAUCUCGGAAACAUCAGCUCUUGUUUCCUGCACAGAUGUAACAAACCAAGUCUCCAAUGCUAACGCUAACAGCACACUCACGUCUGCCUAAAUGCAUCAUGUUUAUUUUCAGUGCAGUGAACCUCUCGGGCCACCGUACCUCUCUGUUGCUUUUGCACUCUUCAUUCUGUCACUCGCUCCUUGGAUUUUCACAGUUUUUAUUUUGUACUUGAGUAUUCUUUUAAAGUGAUGACAUAUGAGGAUUGCCAAAAUGAUUUAUUUAAAAAUUUCAGAAAGAGAAAAAAUGCUAUUGAAUUUAUAUCAAGGACAAUUAUAGUCAUUAUUAUUACUAUUAUUAUUAUAUAAAAGCAGAAAAUAUUCUAAAAACAGAUGGGAGAGAGGAGCUAUGUGGAGUAGUCUGCAGGGGAAUUGGUUUAUUUAUUUUGGUUUUCUUGUGGCAGUGUGAUGAAUUCUGUGAUUGGGUAACAGAGGGUCUGAAGAGCCAAUGAGGGACAAGUAUAAGAGUGACACGGACUGGAGCGCCGAUGCUGACCAAUCGUAUUGUUUUUCAACCUUCCCGGUGACUGCAUGGCGACUGAUAAAUGACAAUUAAUAGGAAUGGCUGGAAAUCCAAAAAAGAGAAUUUUUGUCACACUAUAAAGUUAUACAAUGUGAAUAUAUAUAAAGAGAUCACUUUUAUUUGUGGAUAUUAUGGGGAAAUGAUUUGAUUAAUAAAGUCCUUAGUCAUGUUUGCACAAA